AUGCCGGUGGCUCACUUGCGCCUCGCCGCUAGCUGGUUGUCCAGAAUUCAAACAGUCUAUAGGAAUGCCUGGGCUUUAUGCGGAGCAGCCCACUUAAAUAACCUCAAAGCCUUUGAUAAAAGGGUCCUAGACCUAGCCCUUCCAGACCUAGCUGAUAGCAGCCUACGUGGGCCUACCACACAGGAACUGCUCACGGCUGAUCGUAAGAUCUGGGGCACUACAGGAUCUUUGGUUUCAUCGGGAUGGAGUCUAGACGAAGCCCUCUACGAGGUCACAUCCAUCCGCAGCGACCUAUCCAACCUCCUGCAGCCCAGACCUAGGAAUGCCUUGCCUUCCACGCCCAAUAAAGGCAGAGAAAGACCUAACACCCCUACGCCCCCCCCGCCUAAGCGCACUAGGACGACCCCGUUCACUCCGCCUAAGAAUCCCAAAGGGAAAGGUAAGGGGGGCAAGCAGGGGAAGGGCCCAGCCAACAAAGCCAAAUCCGAAGACUGGCCAUCCAAUUGGGUCUACAAAGCCCAUGGCAAAGUUCUGCGCAAGCGAUACCAGCGCAACCUAUGCACAGUAGGGGCCCCCGAUGCCUCUCAAUCCGACUCUCUGCCUAGUCCUCCGCUGGUCGCUGGCCAGGAGAUAGCCUCCUUCAAACGAAAGUUCGCCAACAGAAUAUGGACAUCCCCUGCCUACAAGCAGGCCAUCCCCUUCCUAGAGCCGAGCUCGCAGCCCUCGGAACAAGAGUCUGGACUCAUUUUGCAAUGCCUCUGGGCCCGAUCGAUCAUUGCAGUCAUAGCCUCCCUGCCGACGAUCGUACCGGACACGGAGGAGCAGUCCCAAGCCCUUGAGAUUCUUUGCUCUGCCUUAGACCUAGACCUCAAAUCCAUGGCAGAAAUCAGCCCAG